AAGAAACAACAAUAAUUUCACAAAAGUAUCCUUCUUCACACGGUUUCCGCUUGACCCAGUCAAGAACUGCAAAUAAUCAUAGCAUUAUUAGUGCUUGCAGCUUUCAGUCAAGUCCUCCCUUAUUUCACUCAUAAAAAUCCAUUCUUUGACCACACUACCUCAUCAAGAUCACUUCUUUUCGACAUCAAACACUCUCAUAGUCUGAUUCUGUUCCAGCAAAUAUCUUCAACCCCUCAUUGUUCAGUUCUUAACUAUGUGCAGUUGUUAGUGCUUCGGGUUUUAUACACAAUGGCACCGAGUGACAUACCGACGAUAACUACUUGUAUCUUGAUACUCACAGUCAUCAGUUUAACCAAUGCUGUUCAAACUGAUAUCAACUGUCUCAAAUCCUUCAAAGAAUCAAUCGAAGAUCCCGAUAACCUCUUAUCUAAUUGGAACUUUAACAACAAUACCGAAGGGUUCAUUUGUAAAUUUACCGGUAUUGAAUGUUGGCAUCCCGACGAAAGUAAAGUUUUGAAUAUCCGCCUCGCUGAUAUGGGACUUAAAGGCAUGUUACCACCCGGGCUUGAAAAUUGUACCUCGAUGACGGGUUUGGAUCUUUCUAAUAACCAUUUGUUCGGGUCUCUCCCGACGAACAUUACAAAGGUUUUCGGGCUUUUAACUACUCUUGAUCUUUCAUCAAACAACUUCUCGGGUCAAAUACCCGCUAGCUUCGUAAAUUGUUCCUACCUUAAUGUCAUCAAACUGGAUAACAACCGGUUCUCGGGUCAGAUUCCGUUGGAAUUAGCUGGUUUGGAUCGGAUUAAAGAGUUUAGCGUUGUAAAUAAUCUUUUAUCCGGGCAGGUUCCGGUUUUCAGGAACAAGAGUAUUGGUGCGGAGAGUUAUGCGGGUAAUCCCGGGUUAUGUGGCGGGCCUUUGCGUCCUUGUACCAAAACCUCUAAGAAAACCAGUGUGGGUGUUGUUAUCGGGGCGGCUAUCGGUGGGGCGACUCUGGCGGUGUUGGUUGUAGGCGUUGCGAUGACAAUCUUUAUGCGUAAGGUUGUUAGAAAGAAUAAAGACGAUGAUCCUGACGGAAAUAGAUGGGCCAAGAGUAUUAAGGGAGCUAAAACCAUCAAGCUUUCCAUGUUUGAAAAUCCGGUUUCGAAGAUGCGACUGAGUGAUUUAAUGAAAGCUACCGACAGUUUUAGCAAAGACCACAUAAUCGGGUCAGGAAGAACGGGUUGUUUAUACAAAGCGGUACUCGAAGACGGCAACUCACUUAUGAUAAAACGAUUACAAGACACUCAGCAUUCCGAGAAAGAAUUUGCAUCGGAAAUGGCGACACUCGGGAAAGUCAAACACCGAAACCUAGUUCCACUUUUAGGUUUUUGUGUGACCAAAACCGAACGGUUUUUAGUCUACAAAUACAUGGCAAACGGAACCCUCCAUGAUAAAUUACACACAAUCACCGACGACAUAAAGCGCCUCGAUUGGCCUUCACGGCUAAAAAUCGGGAUUGGCGCAGCUAAAGGGCUCGCGUGGCUACACCAUAACUGCAACCCGCGCGUCCUACAUCGAAACAUAAGCUCGAAAUGCAUCUUACUCGAUGCAGACCUCGAGCCCAAAAUAUCCGAUUUUGGGCUCGCGAGGCUCAUGAAUCCGGUCGAUACGCAUUUGAGUACUUUCGUAAACGGCGAGUUCGGUGAUUUAGGUUACGUGGCUCCGGAAUAUACAAGAACCCUCGUGGCUACACCGAAAGGGGAUGUUUAUAGCUUUGGAGUGGUGCUGUUAGAACUAGCAACGGGUGAAAAACCGACCCAUGUGGCUAAAGCUCCCGAAACGUUUAAAGGGAGUUUAGCCGAGUGGGUGAUGGAGUUAUCUGCUGAGUCAAGACUUGAAGAGUCAAUCGACGAGUCGAUAAAUGAGAAGAGAUACAGUAGUGAGGUUUUUCAGUUCCUGAAAGUGGCGUGUAGUUGUGUCGGGCCGGCCCAUAAGGAGAGGCCCACUAUGUUUGAAGUGUACCAGCUGCUACGAGCGAUCGGUCAGCAUUACCAUUUCUCGACUGAUGAUGAGGUCUUGAUGAUGCCGACUGACAAUGGAGAUGCGGGUCAGAUAGAACUCAUUGUUGCUCGGUGAUGGAUUGGAGAAGUAUUGAAGUGUUGUGAAUUAUUAAGUAUUAUAUAGAUAGAUAGAUAGAUAGAUAUCAUGUCUACAGAUUUAAGGUUUCAGUUUUGACUUUUGAGUUUGACUUUCAUAUAGAAAGUCUAGACAUAUUAGCUUCACUGAUUCCGCUGUUCAGUUUUAUGCUUAUAAAUAGUAUUUUAGCUAUUUGUUUAUAAG